AUACCUUUACCAAAGUUUCUACCAGUUGUAAUUGGAUUAGUUCCAAAUAAUAGCAAUAAAAUAUCAAUACAUAUAUUACAAAUGUAUGAAAAGGUGUUAGAAAUAGCUAGCCAACUUUCAAUUCACAUAAUUUCUGUUGGAGCUAAUAGUGCUAUUUCAGAAUUCAAUAUUCAAAAACAUUUAAUAUCCAAAAAUACUGAACUAACAAUAAGUUUUACACAAUUUCUUACUUUAGAAUAUUAUUUAGCAACGUAUGAUCAAGUAUUAGAUAUAUGUGAACAAGACGAUAGUAUAUUAUAUAAAAAAAAUAUUAUUAAUUGUGAUCACCAAGAUGAUGGAGCUAGUUAUUGUCUUUUCUGUUCUUCACUUCUUAGUCAAAUUAUGAAUUCAAAUAAUUCUGAAAAUAUUCAUCAAGGGCUUUUCGUUUAUUUGUUUGUAAUUGGCGAGUUAAUUGACGCAUACCAAAACAGAACAAUUUUAUAUCUAGAGAGGGCUCGAAUGGCUAUGAUG